AUGGCAGAUGGGUGGACUGAUCGUUGUAGAAGAACUCGUAUCAACUUUUUAGUUUAUUUCCCCAAAGGAACUGUUUUCAUAAAGUCUGUUGAUGCCUCUGGUGCUUCUAAAACUGCAGAAACAUUGUUUAAGCUUUUCAAGGAAGUAGUGUUGUAUGUUGGCCAGGAAAAUGUUGUUCAAGUCGUUACAGAUAAUGCCGCGAAUUAUGUUGCUGCUGGAAAGUUGUUAGAAAGGGAGUUUCCUAAGUUGUUUUGGUCUCCUUGUGCAGCACACUGUAUUAAUUUGAUGUUGCAAGACAUGGGGAAAUUAGAGAAAGUAAGUGAGACAAUGUCACAAGCUUCAAAAAUUACCAAAUACAUAUAUAAUCAUUAUUUUGCAUUGUAUUUGAUGAGACAACAUACAGGUGGAAGAGAAAUACUUCGUCCUGCUCCAACCCGCUUUGCUACUAAUUUCAUUUCAUUGCAAUUGAAAAUUACAGAACCUCUUGUACGUGUGUUGCGUAUUGUUGAUAGUGAAGAUAAGCCGGCUAUGGGAUAUCUCUAUCGAGCUAUGUAUAAAGCAAGAGAGGAGAUUGAGAAGAGGUUUAGAAGAAAUAAGUUGAAAGUAGAGCCUUAUUUUAAGAUCUUGGAUAACCGUUGGGAUGCACAACUUCGGAAAAAUCUCCAUGCUGCUGGUUAUUGGUUAAAUCCAUCUUGUAGAUUUGGUCUGGAAUAUGAAAAAAACAAGUCCACCACCCAAGGCCUUUUGGAUGUCAUUGAAAAGUAUGCUUAUGAUAGUAGUUUUGGAAGGACAACAACAGUAGAAAACCGAGAUGAAGUUUUGCCAGAUCAAUGGUGGGACACUUAUGGAACCGAAGCGCUGAAUUUGCAAAAGUUGGCUAUUCGGAUUUUGAAUCAAACAACCAAGAAGAAACAAAAUUAUGAUCCUAUUAAUUUUGAAACAUUUGGUGAUCAUUCUAAUUGGGAUUCCCCACCAUUCUUGACCAUUGAGGAGAUGGAAGCGCUACGCAAAGAUCUUGCUAGUAUGACAAUCCAACCUAUUUCAAAUGAUAUUGAUGAAUUAAAUUUGGAUGAGGUUGAUGUUGAGGGAGAUGCACCGCUUAACUCCGGAGAAAAUAACCAAAGUAAUGAUAUCAUUGAUGGGGAAGAUGUUGCAAAUGCGAUUGAUUUUGUCGGAGAUGGUUUUGAUAUUGAAGGAGAUCCCAACAUUGAGAUAAUUUUACCUCCUUGGAACUAA